AUGUUACUUUCCAACCUUGACAGCAGUUGACAUUUUGACUGUUAGUAAAUAAUCUAGAUUAACUCCUAUUUCGCGUCUUAUCAUGAAAAUCAUUCUUAAUCAUAUACAUACAAUGUUAACUAACAGAUACCGCAGUUACAAAGAAGCAUAUAUACAUGUAAUCUAGAUGUAAUCUACUACUAUAUUUGUUUAAUAAAGGAGGAUUUCGGUACAACCAUUUAAACAAAUAGUAUAAUCAAACGAAAAGAAAUACAUCUCCUUUUUUUACUGUUGGAAUUUUUGUCACUGAAUUUACCACACCGAAUAUCACUGUUCUACUGCGUCACUGUAUACGCAUAGUGCUUACCUACGUAUAUGUAUGUAUCAUCAAUUUAAUUAGUUGGCAGAAAAAUAAUAAUUUGACUACUAAAAUUGUACUUACUCAACCAGAAUACAUACAUAUAUAUAUAUGAUUUACACAAUAAAUUUGGAAAGCAAAAUCAAAAGUUGUGUUAAAACUAUGCGAGAAUCUCUGUGUACUUGGCAUGUUUACAAUCAAAGAUACAGUCGCACACCAUCACACUAAUACACACGCACACACACAUACACAUAUAAUACAAAUACUACUACACAUCAGCACACAGCAGUAUACCGCACCACUUAUAAUACAACACACGUAGAUUUAAAGUUUGGCGAGUAGAAAAAGAAGUGAAUUUAUUAUUGUUAAUUAUUGUUUUAAAUUUGGAAAGUGUUCAAUGCACCUCUGUGAUUGGUCAAUUUAAAUAUGCUGGCAACUAUUUAAACAAAAUGAUAUACUGUAUGUAUCAUUUUUAAAUUUUUACAUCGGAAAAAAAAUAAUAAAAAUAAAUACACUGAGAGAAAAAAAGAAGAAGAGAAGAGAAAAACUCCACUUACACAAGAGUGUUAUAAAGAAAAGAAAAACGAAGCUGAAUGAUGACAAGCAGUGGUUGUCGAAGUCGAAGUAAUAGUACUACUACUGGAGGAGGAGGUCCUGGUGGUGUUGUUGUUUGUGACACCGGGAACAACAACAACACCAAUAGUUCAUCAACAUUUACAAAUAAUAUGAAACAACAACAACAAACAAUGAAAAGACCAACAAGUUCAAUCAGUUUACUCGCUGAUCAAUUAAAGCUAUCCAGUUUAAAUGAACAAGAUCCCUGCAGUACAACAAUGCGAAUGAUGUCGAUGAUGACUACGAAACCGGUUGGACAGUAUGACUUAUCUUGUGAUUGUCUAGAAACAAUUAAUGAAGUAAGAAAUGCUUAUUCAAUGCCUUCAACACAUUCUCAUAUUGGCAUACAAUCAUCAAAACGAAACAAUAAUAUUAAUGAUAAUAAUAAUCACACUACCAUUGGUAAUACAGAUUGGACAAGGAGUGCUGCUAGCGGUGGCAGUACUUCAAAGGAUUAUCAUCAUCAUUCACGUACUGUACACUUUCGGGAUAUAUUUACACCGAGUUCUAGUGUUUGUUCUUCUCUACAAUCGACAAUGUCAGAAUUUGACGAUGGAGGAAAUGAAAUGACUAAUCCUGAUCAUAAUUCUUGCUGUGUUCACGUCUUGUCUGCAAGUGCUCCAACUACAAAUUAUUCAUUGAAUUCAAUGUCAAAUUUAUCAAAAUGCAAUGAAACAACUUCAUGUCAUCAUAAUGUUAUCACUAACAGUAAUAAUAAUAAUAAUAUUGCUACUACAACUAUUACUAAUACUAUGAAUAAUAGUAUACCAUCAUCAAGUUGUACAUUCAACAAUCUCUUCUCUUCAUCAUUUCCUUGUUCAAAGGAUAAAAUUGAUAUUGCUCAUCAUCAUCACCAUCAUCAUUCUUCAUGUACAGCAUCGAAAACAAUGUGUUCUUCAUUGUCAUCUUCAUCGAAUUGUUGUGGCUGUUGUUGUUGUUGUUCGUGUAGUAGUAGUAGUAAUAUUGGCGUCAGUGGAAGUAGUGGUAUCGGUGGCGGAAGCAGUAACAGCUUUACCACCUUUUGUCCUACUUGUUAUUGUUCUUGUUCAUGUUAUGUAUGUCGAAUAAAUAAUCAAUCACAGCAUCCAGUAACAGCAGCAGCAGCAGCAUCGUCAACUUUGUCAUCCUCAUCACAGUAUUGUCUGCCAGCAAAACGUGCUUGUCGGUCAACUAGUUCAAGUUCAGAUCUACCCUAUUACACAUCAUCACUGUUAUCGUCUUCUUCGUCUGUAUGCGGUUAUUACUACCAUCAUCGUCAGUGUCAUUUACCUCAACGUCAUUGUCAUCAAUGCUGUCCAAAAUCAAUAAUUCAUAAUAGUAAUAAUAAUAAUGCCACAAUGAUUCGAUCAAUGCAUUCAUAUAUUAAAAAUCUUCCACGUCCAAUCGCUGUUCGACUGGAUUCACAAAUGAUGAUGGCGUAUAAUACAAAAUCAAAAAGUUGUACAAAUAUGGAUCACGUGAAAUCAUUAAAUCCUAUUAAUAAUAAUAGUAAUAAUAAUGAUGAUGAUGAUAUUGAUAGCAAUAGUAGUACUUUACGUAAUAAUAAUAAUAACAGUAAUAAUAAUAAUGGUGUUAUUCUACGUCCUAAACCAUCUGAUUUCAUGUCUUUCAAUAAAACUGGCAAUGGAUCACGUCUUAGCUGGCAUCAUCCAUUGUUUAGUUUCAGUUCUGUUGGCUCUCAAGUCAAGUAUAAUAACACCAAUAAUAGUAGUAACAAUAAUAAUAAUAAUAAUAAUAAUAAUGCCAUCUCUAACCCCUCAACAAUACCAAAUGAUACUUCUUCUGGAGACAGUCAACUAAUGUCUGCAGACAAUUCACAACCACCUGUUCAAAAGUCAAUUCGUUUACGGAAUCACACAACUCGUGCCAAUGAACAGCAGCAGCGUACAACAUCAGUUCGUCCUCCAAAUUAUAUUGAAAUUAAAGAACUACAAGAUUCUUCAUUGUCAGCUCAUGCAUUACCUAGUCCAUCAUCAGCGUUCACUCCAACUCGUGCAUCAUUUGGUAGUUUUCCAAUCGAUGUCAAUUCAUCGAGUUUUUCGUUAUCCCCUGCUACUGGUGGGUCUAUCUCCUCAUCAGUACAAAUGACUGCUCGAACUCCUUCGUCAGGAUUUCAUGAAGCAUCAUUUUCUGGAUUAUCUGAGGCGUCUAGUUUACCAGAUUGUUCAAGGUUUGGUGUACCAUCAGAUUCGAUGCCAAAUACAAAUUAUUGUCAUUGCCAAUGCCAUCAACAUCAACGACCUCAUCUCCAUCAUCAUCAUCCUCAUCAUGACCAUCAUCAUCGUCACCAUCAUAACCACCACCACCACCAUCAUAGUGGUAGAAAGCAUCACGGGAAAAUGUCAAUUGAUGAUAAGAAAUUCUCAUCAAAUCUUUAUACUCAAUCAUCGAAUCAAUUAACUGAUUUGGAACCAUGCUUCAAAUUAGAAGAGAAUGAAUUCAAUAUGAAUAAUGAUAAUAACACUAAAAAUAAUAAUGAAGGAUUACAUCAGACAAUGAGAAAUAUCAGUAGUAGUGGAAGUAAUAGUAGUAACAGUAGCAAUGAUAGUAAUAGUAGUAGUUGUUCCUUGCAAUCGAUGAAAUGUACCCUACGAUGUUGUUCUCAACCAAAUGAUAAUACAAUCUAUGAUAAUAUGAAUUGUAAACAUUUAAUUCACUGUUCCAAUAAUAAUCAUAAUAAUAAUAAUGACAGUCAUAUUAGUAGACAGAAUAAUUAUCGAUCAUUAUGUACACCUUUAGCUUGUACAAGUCUUACUCCGACUACUACUAACAUUAUCAGUAGUAAUAAUGAUAAUAACAACAACAACAACCAGUCAACGCCUUCCAGCGCCAUGACAACAACUGGGUUGAAACGUAGACGUGGACCAAGCGGUGAAUGUACUGAAUGCUUUGAUGAAGUACAUGAUAAUAAUUCACAUGAAGAAGAGAAAGAACAAAUACACGAUGAUAUAUUCCCAUGUGGAUGUUACUAUUGGAAGAGAAGUACAGAUCAAGUGCCCAGCAAUAAUGAUGAUCACUUACGUAAUAUAUCUUCAGCACUAUUGAAUACAACAUUAAAUGACAAUAAUAAUAAUAAUACCAGUAGUAAUUGCAGAUUAUCUACAACAGUUUGUUGUUCUUGUCAUGAAUUACAACAUUCACUGUUUUCUUUUUCGGAACACUAUCCACCCACGUCAAUUUUCUCGUCUACAUCUUCUUCAUAUUCAUCGAGACAUUUAUGUAUGCCUGAAACAUGUGUUCAUCAAGAUGAUCCAACACUUAUUGAAGCUGAUUUCACCAAUAACACUGAUGGUAAUAGGGAUGAUGAACAGAAUACUUCAACGUUAAUUAAACGUUGUACACAUUCGAAUACAAUGCAUCCUAUAAAUGUUGAUUAUAAUGAUAGUAAUAGUAAUAAUAAUAAUACAGAAACGAUACGUGAUUAUUGUCCUAUGGAGUUAAUCAAUCCAUCUCAUACUGGAUCACAUGAAGAUACGAUCAAGUGUAAUCCGUGUAAUAUUGUUAAUUAUGGACAAGAAUGCGAAUAUUCAUCCGGUGUAUUCCUUGACGACAGCUUCACUCAUAAUCAUCAUCACCAACAUCAACAUUCUCAUCGUUACGCAUGUAGUGAGUUGGGUAAACUUUCUGAAAUGAUUGAAGAUGAAAAAGAACAUGAAACACCUGAAACUAUGAUUGAUGAAGGUGGUGUUGGCAGUGUCUGUAGUAGUAAUCAUGUAUCCGAGGUCAGUUGGCAUCAUCCUGAAAUCCCAUUGACCUCUCCUCCAUCAAUUCAUGAUAUUACAUUUACACCGAUUUGUCCACCUUCACCACAACUACUGUCAACAGGAAUUCCUGUACACAAUCCACAACAUGAUACGGAUGAUGCUACUGGUCGACAAGUUAUCCUUUUUACACCUUCACCGAUUGAUGGUUCAAACUCUGAUGGGGAAUCUGAUGAUAUGGAGACUAUUCUUUCACCUCAAAUGCCCAAUAGACAACGUAUUUUUUCUGAUAUCCCAAUUAAUGAGUUAAAUAAUAGUAGUAAUAAUAAUGAUAAUAAUAAUAAUAUUAGUGGGAAUGAUAAUAAUAAUAAUAACAGUAGUAAACAGAUUUCAUCUUCUUUCAUUGAUCUUGACUUAGAAUUAAUUGAAAAUGACUAAAUUCCUUCUUCUUCUCUUCACAUCAUAAUAAAUAAAUACACACAGAGACAGACGACACACGACACAUUUGUUUGUUCGUUCGUUUGUUUGUUUUGGUUUUGUUUUCGUUAUGUUUUCUUUCAUGAGAUUAUUUAGAUGAAAAUAAGUUGUUUGUUUUUUUCUUGUUUCUCUGAUGAUGAUAAUAUAGUUUGUUAUUAUUAUUAUUGUUCAAAGUUCAAUUGUUUUCUUUAGUUUUAUAAUAUAAUUUUGUCUUUUGUGUCACUUUCACUUGCCAGCGUUCAUUCGCUUCCAUUCUAUCCCUCUCUUUCUCUCUCCUGUUCUGACUGUUGUGUAUACCACAUACAUCAUCAUGUUAAGAAUUGUUAUAAACUUUUGUUUUGUAUAUUUGUAUAUAUAUUUAGAAAAAAUAAAAUAUCUAUUCUUGAG